ACACACACACACUGAUGUGGACUGAGUGGAUCAACAUGACAAUCAGCAGCUUUAAAGUCCUGAAUGCUGUGUGAUGCUGUGUUCGUCCCCGCACACGAACGAAGCACCAGACUGGUAGUUAAUCACAUGUUGGAUGCAGGAACUCGCUUUGGAGGAGGAACGACUGGAGCAGCAGUUUGCUGUCCUUCCUGUCAGGCCUUCAGUCGGUGGCAGAACUUCGCUGGUGGAGAUCGACGGGACUGUUUGUGUCGGUCAGCUGACCACAUGAUUCGCUGCACGCUAAGCCAAUGAGCCAGUCAUGAGAUGAGUAUGGCUGAGACACAGACAGGAAGCUCUUCAAAAUAAUGUUCUCAUCACAGUCCAAGUCUUACCUGAAAUGAUUUGUGUGUCUUUAUUACUGAAGCUAUGUCCGUAGGUGGACUUCCUGUCUGUGGCCCUCAGCUCAGAGCUCAUUGGUUCCUGCUGAAGGCCCAACUCUCACUCCUCAUAGAGAUGUUGUUUCAUGUUUACAAAUAGGAGGACUGUUUUCAGCGGCGGAUUAAUCCGCAUUUGGUAAUCUUACGGGUUUUUGUGGCAGCAGGGUGUGUGUUAAUAAACCACUGUGUGUGUGUGUGUGUGUGUGUGUGUGUUGAUGGUGAUGAGGGAACAACAGUGUGACUCAGUCAGGCAGUAGUUAUAACUGCUGCCUGACUGAAGGGGAAUUUCAAUGUGAAAUUGCAGCAGCAGAUCCAGGAUCAGAUACAGAAAGUCAAAGAGUGAAGAAACACACGCUGAGCUGGUGUUGUUCUGUGAUCUGAAUGGUUCCCCAGCCUGACGCUGUAGUGCAGUAUCAGGCAACAUGUGGUGUGUGGAGGUAAAUACCUGCGUCUCCCAGGCCAUCUGCAGACCUGGAUAAUCCCUGUUAGGAGAUUAGAGACGGAGGGAGGAGAGGAAGCGCAGUUCGCACCGGUGAAGAAAUGUGCCGCUGACAUGUUUUUGGACUCUGAUCGUUUCUGUGGACCGUUUGUUUUAUUGUGGAGGAAUGAGAAGAAGCUGCAGUGAGCUGCUGAAAGUCUGAAAACCAUUUGGCGAUACUGAUGUCUCCGAGCUGUUACCGAUGCUGUAAUGUAUUUUGAGCUUUUAUUGUGAAGGAUGGACAUUUUGUGUAAAUUUCUUUGAUGAAAGACUGAACACUUGAGCUUUUGAAAAAGGCUCAUGCUUCUGUUGUGAGGGCAACAAAAACACGAGGCUUUUGUUUUCUUUGUCCAUCAUCUGAGGCUUUUUCUGGGGAUUAAUGCAAGUUUGUUGUUUUACUCUGAAGGAUGUGUGAGCAGAAAAAUGUUUUUAUGAAAAGAAAAUUGCUUUUGUGAUUUUAUUUUGAAACCACCCAAGCCUGUGAAGUGUUUGUUGGAUGUUUGUGAAGGAUGGAAACAUGAAGGACAUUUAUUUUGAAGAUUUUUGGGCUUUUAUUGUGAAAUCAAGAUUGUUUAGCCAGCUUCAUCGCCUCUGAUCUGUCCUGAGGGUGGAGCUGGAUUUCAGACAGCCAGCUGGUUGCCAGGACAGGAUGAUUUCGUACGUGGAGUGCCUGGGCGGUGAGGGGGCGGGACACGGCGUGGCGUCGCGCUGCUGGAACACAGGACCUGAUGAGGAGCGAGAUGAGCUGCUUCCGCGCAAGAUGGCUGCCCUGCAGCCCAAGACGGAGGGUAGCCUGCGUCGCCGCCUUCUCAGCGCCAAAAUUCACCAGCACCAUGAUGCCAUCUUGGGACUGAGCGCUUGUGGUGCAGGCAGACCGGGGACGCCUUCAGGUGACAAAAAGCCCCUCCCACCUCAUUUUCAGUAUCCAGGCAACAGCCCUUGGUACCGGCGCCAGCACCUUCCACCUCGACCCCACGUUCACCCUUCUCUGAACCCAGAGGCUCAUGGGAAACUGUUCCUCGCGCCAGAAGCUUAUGGGAAACCCAGCCCGCGCUCCCCGCCCCUCCAGCUGCCGCGCUCCACCUGCCCCGUCCUCACCCAGCGGAGCAGAACAGGUUCAUGCCCUCCGACCCCAGAGCCCCGCCCAGGCUACACCCUGCCAGCCACUCCCCCCCUCAGCACCCUGCCCUUCUUCAGGGAGCCAGAGGCGCCACCGCAGUACCAGUUCCAGCCCAGCAGGACGCGCAGGACCAGCUUCUUCUGCUUCAGGAAACGGGGGAGGAGCUCUGGGCUUGACGCCACACAAACCACGCCCCUUCUGCACAGAGCAGGGGACGGAGACAGGAAGUGGUCUGUUCACUACACGACCCAGAAGGCCCAGCAGGGUCUGCUCUUCAUCCCUGGGAAAAGACGAUCAGGCAGCGCUGAUGAUCUGCAAGCCUGUAACGGGCUGACUCAGCAUGUCUCCAGUCGACCCGGCAGAUCUGAGCCCCGCCCACCGAGCCCGUCCUCUUCUGGGCUCAACCAAUCAGGGGGCAACACAACACGCAGACGGUGGAAGGACAAAAGCCAGAAGAUGUCGUCAGCUUCCUCGGAUGAAGACGAGAGGUUCACCAACACGCGACCUCUGACCCCUCUGGUCCUGAACCCCAUCAGCCACACCUCCUGCUGGGACGUCUUCGACCCCACCUGCGAUCCAGCAGUCGGCGUGGAGGUGGAGCCGACCCCCCGGCUGCCGACGCCGGAGGAGCGGAUGAGGCAGCAGGCUGAGGCGGUCGCGGCUGACAUCGUCCCUAUCAACAUCACAGGGGAGAGUUUUGACCGUCAGGCCAGUUUUCGGAGAACGGUUUCCAGCACAGACUCGUUAUCCCGACGACCUUGCAACCUGAGCCGCCGCAGGACAGUUACUGGGAUCCCCGAUGGUGUCCGCCGGAGGCCUGACUCGCCUUUGGCCUUCCCGGUUCGCCCCGGUCAGUUCUCCACCGUGGGUCGACCUGCCUCCACCCCUGCCCACCGGCAGGAAGACACGGGGGACUGGAUGGAAGCGAAGAAGAAGGGAGACGUCAGAGAGGAGGGGCGGUCCUCAGCCAGGAGGAUCCGAGCCCCGCGAGGGGAGGGGAUGUCCAGCCUCAUGGCCUCCCUCACCUCCGCCCCACCUGACCGCUCCACCCCCUGCUGCUCACUAUCCUCACAGGUCUGCAGCCUCCCCCGUCUGCCGACCAACUCCUCUCUGGACUCCGAGGCCAGCUGUGACAGCGCCUCCUACAGGACACUCAGUGCCUCCUCAUCUUGUUGCCAGUCGCAGGACAUGCAGGGUUUCUCCAGUGACACCCAUCCCCUGCUGCCCUUUGACCCCGCUGUCAGAGUCAUACCCCAGUCUCCUUCCUCCUCCUCCUCCUCUUCCUUUCCGCCCUCCCCUGUCUCCCCUUCCCUCCCACAGUCACAGUGGUCUCACCCCAGAGAUAAGCAUCUGAAUGAGGCUGCCCAGUAUCACAGCUCUCCCUCCUCCCCCCGCUACCUCUCCUCUUCCUCCAUCGCGGACUCGGAGUCUCAGUGUAGCUACCAGGCUCAGGAUGAGCAGACCGCCACCCACAGUGGGGGGGCGUGGAGCUACCAGCCGCUCUCUCCCACCUCCAGUGUCCACAGCAGUCAGACUGGGGGUGACUGGACCAGCAUCAAGCCGGAGAUGAGAUGUGUUUCCGCUGAAGGCUGGAACUUUGACCCGCUGCUGUCCUCCGGUCGCUCCUCUCCCUCUAACACCGACAGCAACUCGUUGUGUUCAGAGACGAUGACCUCCUCUACCUGGCAGAAAAGGAAGCACAGCACGUCGUCCUCCUGCUCCCGCACCACCGCACGCAGCAUCUCCCUCCGCAAGUCGAAGCGCCCGCCUCCUCCACCGCUGCGCUCCGACUCUUUGAGGCGGCGUCCAGGUCGCAGCAAACCUAUCCACCCCUCCUCCAGUCCCCGUGUGGAGCGAAGCCCCCGCCUGGAGCGAGCCACCCAGCAGACGUCCACAUCGUCUCCAGAGACCUUCCAUGACCCCUGGGUGCCCAGGAGCAGCUCCAAAAGACGCCAGAGUGGGUUUAACUGCGGGACAGUCACGACUUUUGAACCUUUAAGCUUGGACUGCCAGACGGGGACGUCGGCAGACUGUCCCCGCAGUGAGCAGCGUCCUCCGAGCCCUGGUCACGUUCAGGCUCCUGUGUUCACCCCUGGGACUCCCGCCUCAGAGGAGGUGAGAUUUACUGUCCACCCCCAAGCAGCAGCCUCCUCUGCAGCUGGGCUGCAGCGACUUGCUUCGCCCUCCAGCGGCUACUCCAGCCAGUCUAACACCCCCACUCCUGGCACUCCUGUGUCAUCCCCCCUCACCCCCUCCUCCCCUCUCACAGCAAGCCCUGGAGCCUUCCCCCUGCCCCCGGCGUCCCCCUUCUCCUCUAUACCCUCCCUGCCCAGGAUGAGGUCUCAGGCUGAAUGGAGGCCAAAGCCACCAGUGCCACAGAGGAAGUCCUCACUCUUCUCCUCCCUCUCCUCCUCAUUUUCCUCCACCUCCUCUCUCUCCUCCUGCACCUCCUCAGACUCCUCUGCUAAGCAUCCUCUUCUACCUGUUCCUCCUCCUCCUCCUCCUCUACCAGAGUGUUCCUCUCCUUUACCUCCUGUAUUUUACUCCCCCAUACACGAGUCUCCUCCUCCUCCUCCUGCCGCUUCUCCUCUUCCUCCUUCCUCCAUCAAACUCUCUGCUGCUCCUUCCCCUCCACCUUCAUUUCUUCCUCCCCCUCCUUCUCCUCCUCUCCCACCUUCAUCCCUCCCCACUCCUCCUCCUCUCCCACCUUCAUCCCUCCCCACUCCUCCUCCUCUUCCUCUGUCCUCUCGACCUCCUCCUCCUCCCUAUUCCUCUGCUGUCAGGCAGACCUCCCAUCAUGCUACCAUGUCAUCAGCAACCAUCUUGCCUCCUCCCCCAACCUUCCCACCCCCUCCUCCUUCUUAUCCUCUUCCUCCCCCUUCAGAACUCCCAGAAUCACCAGUUGCUGACCUUCCUCCCCCUCCCCCUCCUCCCCCUCCCCCUCUCCCCAAACCAGGCCUUGGCAAGUCUUCAAACCGCUGUAUGAAAGUGGCCAUGCCCCCCUUGCCCCUGGUCACUGCACAGGCUUUGCAGGGUGUCAGGCUCCGCUGCAUCAAGACCCAGGAAGUCCUGCUCACUGACAUCCUGCUGCCCGGAGUUCAGUCCACUGUCCAUGAUCUAUCAGAAGCUUGUCCUGACGGUCCUGUGUUGGCUAAUGCUAAUCUUGAUGGCCGGGCCAGCACUGAUGUUAAAGUGGAUGGAGCUGGAUCACAAAAUACCUUAUGUAAUCUGGGCAGUGAUGAAGCUAACAUAUCUAGUUCAUUAAUGGGUAAAGUUAUCCCUCAUAACCCCACUGAUGCAAGACAAGCUGGAGGCGAAUUAGUUCACAGUACCAGUGACCUCAGGCCAAGAGAUGCCAGGACAACCAAAAACGAGCCACCUUAUGCUCAUCUUCAGAGACUGCAAAAUGUUGUUGCUCACCCAGCUAACCAGAGAGGCUCUCGGUCUGAACUGACCAAUGGUGAAACUCCUCAAGACAUCCAGAACGAUGACAGAGAGAAGGAAGACUCAGGUGUGUGUGCUGCAAUGGCUGACAAUCCAGUCCCCGGUCCUGAUGGCCCCUGGGUCAAAAAGUCUCAGGCUACCAACAAAAAUCCAAUCAGCUCAGUGUUGCAACAGCAAGAGGACUCGGAUACAGUGUUAGCAGAUGCUAAGCUAACUGAGCCUGCAGAGAAACUGGAAAACAGCGAGGAUGUUUGGCACAUGGAUUCUCCAUACUGGACCCUUUCUGGGGCGAGACAAGAGUCUCCUCGAGAAAACGGAACAAUCCUACCCGAGAGCAAAGAGGAAGUCGACACAAAUGACGAGAAUAAUUCAGACAUGCAGAAUCGCAGUGCAGCUGGUGGAGAUUUAAAGCAGAAGGUCAGUAAGACGGCGAGCAACAGGAGGCUCCGCUCACCAGAGAAGCCCCUGCUGCCAAAGAAGCCUGAUCUUUGCAUCCUGGGUCUCAGGAUGUCCACCGAAGACAGACAAGGACCAGGUGGGUGGAGGAGCAACGGACAAAUCACAGUGCUGCCUCCCGAGCUCGACAGCCAAUCACAGCUUCCCAAUGAUUCCUCCUGCACAGCUGUCCACACACGUCUGACCCAUAGCACACCUUCAGCUGCUGACAGAACGACCUCACCUGCACACUCGAUGAGUGUAAACACAACACCUGCAGACAUCUGCUCACCUGGCAGCUCACCUCACAGGCAGAAGCCACCGAUUCUGCACAAGAAGCCGGAUCUGUCACUGAGCUCACCCAAAACGAGCAAACCACCCUUUGUAUCGAGAAACACGGGGAGGGCAUCCAGGGCCACCUCUGGGACCCGUACCAGCCUGACCCUGGGAACCUCUGGGACCCAAACAGGAGCAGCAGGGUCCAGUUGUCCACUGAUGAUGAGGUCAUCGCUGGCUGAAGAUGAGGAAGAUGAGAAGGCCGGUGUGGAAGAGAGAGGGAGGAAGAUGACAACGAUGAUGAUGAUGUUGCCAUCCACCGCAAGGAAUAAAGACAAAGCAAGGAGGAGGAAGAAGAGGAGGCCAGGCAGGCAGUUGCUAAUGAUGUCAUCAGCGAUGGAGCCCCCGUCGUCUUCAUCAUCAUCAUCAUCUUCAUCAUCCUCUCCAUCCUCUUCAGACGAACGGGAUGUGGUGAAGGGGAGAGCAGGGCAAACGAGCGAGAGGGCGAAGAAGACAAAAGUGUGCGAUCAAGACACGAGCGACUCGGAAAACUCGUGCGCUCUGAUUGAUCAGAGCAAACACUCGCUCAGCAGUGCGCCGUCCGCUGACAGCCUGCAGGGGGAGCCGUCCCUUCCCGACCUCCUCAUCCAAGAAGCAGAGGAGGAGGAGCAGGAGGAGGAGGAGGAGGCAGCUGUCAGGAGAAGGCAGGAGGUGAAAGCAGGAGCUCCAGAUGCCGAUGUGUUCGUCGGCGUGUCAGCAGAGCAGCUGUUUGUCUCCGCUCAGCCGCGAACCACAGAGGACCUGUUUGCCGUCAUCCACAGGUCUAAGAGGAAGAUGCUGGGAAGAAGAGACUCGGAAGACGAUGGACACCGUAUCUGCUCCUCCUCCUCCCCCUCCCCCUCCCCUCCCGUCACCCCCACUGAGUUCCUGCCGGGCCCGACGCGACCUGCGGCUCUCAGAAGUCAAAGGUCCGCGAGAAGCGAAAGCUUUAAGGCUCUGUUGCUGAGGAAGGGCACUCGGUCCGAGUCGUCUUGUCGGUUGUCGGCUGUGGAGAGGCUUCGGCUUGUCGGUCCGACACUCGUCACGCCCCCCUCGUCAGACUCGUGUGGUGUUACUGUGGACGUACCGCUGGCUCCCUCAUCUCCCUCGGCUCCAUGCGGUCCAGACUUUUCCAUCAUGUUCAAAUGGAGGAGACGGGAUCUGAUCCAUAAUCAGCUCCUCCUCUCCUCCUCCUCCUCCUCCUCCUCCUCCUCCUCCUCCUCUCCCUUCUUCUUUCUGUCCUCCCCCUCCAUGCGACCUCGCUCCCUCACUCCUCCCUGCUCCGCCGGCAGACGCUUUGCCGCCCGCCGCCACCUCUAUGCUGCCCCCAUGACCGCCAUCUUUGAAGUGGAAAGUGAGGCAGAGGAGGAGGACGCAGGCGAUGAUGUUUUCGAUGAGUGUUCAGGAACCGAAGCGGAGCUGAGCCAGAGGUUGGUUGAGAUUUGUUGAUGGAGCAGACUGGUUUACGAGGUCCAGAUCCUCUGCAGAUCUUCAUCAGGUUUAAACAGGCGCCGCCUCGGGAAACUGGACUGGACCGGACCGCCUUACAGCCUGAAGCACACUGAGCAGGUGUCUGACAAAGGACACGUCUGCAGAAGUCUGCAGAGGACAUGCGUGGAAUUCUUCUCAAGGAAACAAACGUGUUGCAGUGACACCAAGUUUUUCUGUUCUUUCUGAUUCACUUUUGUCUUUUUUCAAUAGCAAACACACAUUUUAGUGAGAGAAAUCCAGAGUCACGCGUGUCCGGUUCUCCGAAGCUGCUGUGAGGUGACAUCACCGCUGAAGGACGGCAGCCUCGUGGCUCAACCACGACCGAAACCCUCCCACUGACAUUUUAAAGUGAUCCAGCGGUCGAACUCGUUCAGCAGCGAGUCAAGAAAAGAGGAAAUCAGAGUCAAAGAGUCAAGUCAACCUUUAAGUUCAUGUUGUUUGUUGUGAUCGAACUCCUCCUGCCUGAACAAAGUCAGACUCUCUGGAUGCUCAUUUUAGCUUCUUCGUGAGCAGCAGCUCGACAUGUUUGUGACUCAACAGGAUCAUUUGAAAGGGUGUGUGUGUGUGUGUGUGUGUGUGACGCAGCGUGGAGUUUGUCCUGGACUGUAGAUAAUCCUGUUCCAUCCUGCUGCUGAAUCUUCUCUUCUGUGACGUUUUUCAGUCUCAGUUUCAGAGUCAGACAGACGACAGGAACAAACUGAUCUGCUCUGUGAAUGUGGGACGCUCAGAUUUACCGUGAAAUAAACGCAGCGUAGUCGUAAACCUGGAGUUAUGGCAGCAGAACUAAAGAGUGAAAGGUGUUUGUUUGUUUGUUUGUGUGGAGGAGGAUGGAACGACUGGAAACAUUUAAAUAGAAUUAAAGUGUAUUCAUGUGGGCAGAUGGAGAAACUGAAGCAAUAAAUGACAAACUAUGACUGACUAA